AUGAUGUUGGUAGUUGGUCGGGCUGCAGAAAGUAGUGAAGACCGAGAAAGACUAGAAUCCGCCAACAUGUUGAGUGACGAUGAUGAAGACAACAACAACAACAAUUAUCUAAAACACCACUUGCCAGCUCACAGAGACGGUGGCGAUGAUACAGACACAGGCGGCAUGUCUUCUUCGGACACGGAUCGGCAAGAGGCAACUUCCAAUAAGCGAAAAGGUGGUGAUAAAAGACUCAAGGCCAAGUCACCCUCUCGCUUAUCUCCCGACACUGCCAGCAGCAGCAACCGAAAAACCAGGCAGACAACCUCCAAAGUCAGGCCACGAGGUGGAGUCCCUUCGCGAACACGUUCCUUGGCCGAUGGAGUCGAGGAGGCUGCCAGCAGUGGCCAUCGGAGAUCCAGACGAAAGCGGAAUUCUCUGGUGCUACCUUCUAGUGGUACAGACGCAACAACAAGCGCACUGGGAGACGACGAUGAUUAUACCGUUGCUACGGAGAUGCCAUCUACUACCGGUAAAUCAAGAUCGUCCAGAGCCAACCGAACCGGCAGCAGCAGUAGUGGCCAUAAGAGAGUGAACUCGGCGAGCACGGGAAGGCGGAGACGAUCAGGAGCUCGAGACGUUAUAGACGACAAUAGUCACUUAUCCGGCUCCGAAACACCCCCAGCACCUCCCGAUGGCACCGGUAAUGUCAGAAGAAAACGCUCCGUGACAUCCUCCUCCGAAGCAAGACAUCGCUCCAGAUCUCACUCACGAUCUCGAUCUCGGUCCGCGAGGAAGGCUAUCACAGGUGACAGACUUCUUGGGUCAGAUGAUCACGACCAUCCAGACGACAAUAGUCACUUGUCCAGUAUGGAAAGUCUACCCCCUCCUCCCGACAGUAGUGUUGGAGGUGGUGGUAGUUCCAGAAAAAAACGAACAGCCACACAUAAUACUCGCCCCAGGUCUAAAUCACGGUCUCGGUCUGCGAGGAGAACCACGAGAGCCGCAGAGGAGGAACAUGUAAGGUCUCAAUCACGAUCACGGUCUGCUCGAAGAACCACCAGAGCUGUCGAGACUGCUGACGAGGGAAAGAAGGCGGCUGACGUAGCACCUCCGAAAAGCAAACAAGCAAACAACAAGGAUACUACUACUACGUUUACUCCUAAAGAGUCCACGCUGGAUUCUGCAAAGAAAGAGGACGACUCGGACAGCAGCAGCAGCGAUGAUGAUGGACCCCAGCUGUCUCUUCGAUCGUCUGUCAAAGUCGCGUCGGCACUUGUCAAAUUUCGAAAAGUCUUGGCAAUGUCCAAGGAGGCAUCGGCUUCGGCGGACAAAUACAGAGAGGAUCGGGAAAAGGAAGCUCAGGAUAUUGGGAUUGAUAAUUUGGGAAACGUUGCCACAACAACAACUACUACUACUACUAGUAUUGCGCACAAGGAAAAUGUAAAGAACGGGGGCAUUGCAGCAGGAGAAAGCGACAAGCCAGGGCUCAGCGGUAGUAGUCAUCACAAGAAGACAGAUCGAGGCAGUGGUCAUCCAAGACCCGAUGGUGGUCGCGAUGCUGGGCGACAAAUGAGAGUCGCGAGAAGUGCUGGUCGAGCCCGUAGUACCAACCAUCAAACUACUAGCAGCGGCAGUGGUGGGAAAGAGACACGCAAAGGCAGCCAUCAAGACGACCGUGAAUCCAGCAAUCGAAAAAGUAGGUCUGUCGAAUCUAGUACGAGAAUUCGGAGAAUGAAGGAUUCAUCAGAGAAGAUGAAGGAUAACUCUGCCAGAAUGAAGGACUCUUCGGGGCGGAUGAGGGAUUCGUCGGGGCGCAUGUCCGAUACCUCGGGCAAAAUGAAGGACUCUUCACAUUCCACUGGUACCACCAAAGGCCGGACACGGCUCAAAGAUUCCUCCGAUUCGAAAAGCCGGCGAAAGGUACCAGCAGCGUCGACCACCACUCCAGCUCUUGAAAGUAUGGACGCAGACACAUUCCUGAAGGAGGCACUGAAUAACGUGGGAAAGAGGCUGUCGCGGCCUUCAUUAACUUCCAUGAAAAAAGAUGUUCCACCCAAAGCAGACGAUGAGAAGGUGGCAACGACAGCAACAAUAACAACAACAGCAGCGACGACGACGGCAAAGCCUGCUGUCAAGGACUCGGACCGAAUGAAGUCUUCUGCCAAAGUCAGUACAGCCGUCCUGAAAUUCCAGCAGGCUCUGGCACUUUCAAAGAGCGCCACAAAGGCCGCCAAGACGCAACAAGACACUCAAAACAAACUGCUUGGGGAAGUCCACAAGGAUAAAACAAAACCGGACGACUUCGUAAAACGAGCGUCAUUGCUCAAGGCAACAGAAGCCAAAAGUGCCCCAACGGGAAGCUCCAACAGCAAUGCCGUCGCAGUAUCUCCUGUGUCGACGGUGGAUGUAGUGGAUCCUACCGCGGAUGGAGCAAACGAAAGUCCCAAGGUACCCAGCGAUCUCGAUGGCGACUCGGACAUUGAUAGCGAAAUUGAGAUUGAUGAUGUCGACGAAGACGAUGAUCCUGUGAGCGACGUCGAAACAGAUAGCGAGGAUGAAGACGACAACAACAAGACUCCUACACCUGUGGUUGCUCCGAUGAUACCACUUGUUUCGGUCACAGACGACACCAGCGAUGACAGCGACGUUGAUGAGCAUAGUGACGUCGAACUAGACAGCGACGACGAUCUCGACAGUGAUGAUGAGUUUGCAACGGGUGACACUGCCAGAGCUACUACCAAUGUUGGCUCCGAUAACGGCAGCGAAAGUGGCAAAGACGAUGCGAUGGACAGCGAUGACGAUAUUGACAGCGACAAUGAUGCCAAAAGUCCGAAACCAGAAACGAACUUGCCUGUCUCGCAAGAAGCAGUCGUAACACCACUGCAAAGUUCUGUUGUCGCGGCUACAAUAUCUGCACUGGAAAAGGAAAGCGAAGCUGACGAAGCCAGUGACGCAGCAGGAUCCGAGGACAGACGAAUGGAAGAAAUAUCCCAUCGCUUGCACUUGGUUCGAUCCAUGUCUUGCAACAACGCUGACUCCCUGAAUGGGUUUCAGGAGAAAUCUCUAUCGGACCUGCAAUCGAUCACAGGGAGGUCAGCCGGGCCAAAUCUAGGCAUACCCGGACUCAGCCCGGGAAGCAAGGCUUCCCUAGGGACAGAAGAAGACUCACAGGGAAUUUCUUAUUUACCGAUGGCAAUGAAAAAACCUAAAUCGGACCCUUUUGCCGAUCUAAAAGGCGACAGUAGCCACGAUACGGAGGAUAGCGGUUCGGAUAUGGAGAUUGUAUCCACCAGCGAUUCUGAAGCCAACCGACCGUCCAGAAAGAGUCUCACGAGGAAGCAUUCCACUAGACGUCGCUCUGCGAGUCGAAGUAGGUCAAAUGCUGAUUCAGUUGACUCUGGUCGGAAAUCGCGUGGAGAUGAGAAAUCCAGGUCCAGAACAAGAAGCACAAGUCGCGCUAGGAGAGCGCCGUCGAGAUCACGGUCUUCCACAAUGGCGAGGCCAUCGGACGCUGAAGGAGGAGGGUCGCACCGGGAGCGAAGGUCCAAACCACAAAUAUCGUCCUCUAGCGCUGACAAAACCAGACCUACAGAUCGAACCAAAACGAAAGAGAAAGCCUCCGGUCGGUCCUCUUCAGCAUCUCGAAGCCGAACGCUCGCGGGUCUUUCAACCUUGACAACUACCCCUUCAAACAGUAAGCCGAGCAGUGGAGAAGGUUCGUCUAGAGAAGAGGGCAGAAAGGGUUCCUCUCGUCGCCGAAUGCCAAGCCGAGCGAAGUCCCACGAUGUGGAUUUACGCAAGCCAUCCCGCUCUGGAACUAGCAGGAGUGGCGACAGAGAAGUGCGAGAGCGGAGAAGCCGCAAGCCUGCCGGCAUUGAAGCAUCGCAUAGUGCGGAAGAUUGA